AUGCUUAGACAACAUAUGGCUGGAAAGGUAGAUAUUUGGUCAGUAGCUGAGGUUUAUGCCCGGAAAACAGGGAAUGAGAUGGAGGGUCGAUUGAGUCGUGAACAAGUGGGGUGUUAUGUGCUUUAUAAGACUUUGGGCUUUGAUAGUUGCGAACGAUUAGUCUUACAUAAAGAAGUCUUGCAGAAAGCUUAUACAGUGAAGUACGUACCGGGUUUGGUUUCGGCAUAUGGUGGACGAAUGAUUAAGGAAAUGGGUGGAGGUGGGAAUAAGCAAAUUGGUCUGGGAGUUUUAGACUUGUUGCUUUGGGUAGUAAGACAGAUAAAGGAUUUGGGAGAAGUAUUUGAAUUAGAGGAACGUUUGGGGUUGUUGUUGCGACAGUUAGAUGUAAAAGAUAGUUUAGAACUGGCUAUUGAGAUAUUUAGACGAAGUAAAAGUAGACCUUUUCAGGAGUUAGCAGUUGAAUGUAUUCUGGCGGCGGGUGGAUAUACAGCCGGGAUAGAGCAAGAGUUCUCGGGAAUUGCUAAUCGAGUACUAAGUGGGCCGAGUUUAGAGAAGGAAUUAGAAAUAGCAGGUGAAGCAGUAGUGCGUAUGGCUGGAAUUGUGCCGGGUGCAGCAGAUGAAGUAGUUAAGGCUUGUAUAAGCAAGGCAAUGAGUUUAGGACCGGGUGGGAAAAGAGAAGGACUGAUUGCAUGGCUUAGUCGGAUAAACCAGCAAGAAGGUCUUAAUCAGCAGGCCUGGGGUCUUUUGGGUGGUAAGGAAGAGAGUGUUCUGGCGAAGGGAAGUAUUGAGUCUUCUAGUAGUUCUAAGUCAGUAAUAAGCCAGUACUACUCUCAACAGCAGGAAAGAGUAAGUCUUCAUGCGGGUCAGGCCCAAGUCUUUGCGGCAGUUUGUCGGUUAGAAUCUAAUUGGGUGAAGAUUGCUCGGCAGGUGAGUGGUGAGGAGUUCUUAUUCUUGGCUGAAGUAUGUCGUGGUGUUCAAUUACAGCCGGGUACGGAAGAGAGUCGAAUUGGGCUUUUACGAGUUCUAGAAGUAACUGGGGAGAAGGCUUUUCUUGAUAACCAUCCCAUCUCUAAAUUGAUCCAGAUAGAAACAGAGAUAAAAACGGGAUAUGAUGCAUAUUUGAAUGUAGUCUUUAAGGAAAAGUAUCAGCUAAAGCACUCAGUUAAUAUUGUUAAUGCUUUAGUUGACUAUGCCUAUCAGGGACGGAUUGUUGACAUUGCCAUUCAAUUAGGAAGUAUUAUUAAGCACCAGGACUAUAUUGCUAGAGUUAGUCGCUGGCAGGUAAAUAAGCCGGUUGGUGAUAUUGGACUGAUUAGUCGGACUUUAAUUAAGAUCAUAGAUAAGAGUUAUUUCAAGAAAACUGAUUUGGUUCAGAUUUUCAAAUCACUGGUCUAUCUUAUCUCUACUGAGAACCAGGAGACUCAGGAAGCAAUCUUUAGUAUUCUAGCUAGUAUUCUUAGAAUGCAUGCUGAGCUAGAUAAAGGUAUUAAACCGGCUUUAUACGGCCUCCCUCGAAGUACUUCCUUAAGUAUUAGCCAAACGGAAAGCAGUGCUGAUACUAACGAUCAAGAAAACACAAUGGUGAUUGCUAAUCUUAUCUUUGAAGAAAUACUUGGUGCUGAUCUUCAUUGGCAACCCCAACUCUCUCUCCUUUCACUAAUUAACACUAUGAUCAGAUGUACAGGUGAUUUUUUAGUCGGCCGGAUUGAAGACCAGAUUCUUGGACCAGUACUUAGAUACUAUCUGCAAAAAAGAUUUGUUUUACCCAAUCAGGAAAUCAAAAUUUUAGGUGAGUUUUUAUUAUUGAUAUGCCAAUAUCCUAUCCAAUUUAACCGUUAUUUUGAUUUAGUACAGCUUCUUCUGAUACACUACGAUAGUAAGAUUGCCCAUGCCGAAACUUCUUUAAACGAGCUUUUUCGUCGCAACAAGUACGCUUUGCUCUUUGCACUAGCCAACAGUACAGCACGUGCUGGCAAAGAGUUUCAUGGAUGUUCCCGGCAUAGUAGACAGCUAAUUCAGAGAAUUUUUGCUAAAUAA